GGGACUUAAUGAUGAUUACCAUUCUAUACUUAUCAUAUCUGCAUUUCAUUAUUUUCAUAAAUAUUCUCCAAAUAGAUGAAAUCUUCUUCCUUUUUCCCCCUUUUCAAAUUCAUUCAUUGGGUUUGAAGUUUUUCAUUAAACAAUUUUAAUUCCCCCUUUGAUAUGAUACUAUCAUCUUGUUGCCAAUGCAAAACCCUGAUGAUCCAGUGGAAAGAUUAAGCCACAUUAAUGCACCACCGCCCCCGGAGCCCCACUCCGAUCAUCAUGCGAAUAAUUUGUUAAACCAACCCCAUGACGAUUCCCCCAAUGAAUCACCCGAAUCACAACAUUCACCUGAUCAUGAUCCACAGAUUCUCCGGCCACCUCCCCAAGAUGAUCAUCACCGUCCUGAUCAUGCACCACCACCUCCGUCGCACCAAUCCCACAUGGCGCCAUCGCCACCGCCGUUCCUCCCGCCGGUGAUGACGCAUCAUCAUCAUCAUCAUCUCCAAUUGCCACAUUACCUAAAUUGCCAAGUACCUAUCCCAUCUUAUGCCUAUCCGAUGCUAUUCCUUAGAGCCCCAACUCCGGAUACCUACGUGGUCAAGCGUCCUUGGUCCACCGGCCUUUUUGAUUGCCUUUCCGACCCCAAAAACUGUUUCAUAACAGCCUUUUGUCCAUGCGUUACUUUUGGUCAAGUUUCGGAGAUCCUUAACGAAGGACAUACACCUUGGUGGGAAGGGGCGAUGGCCUACAUUCUAAUGGAGGUGACAACGAUGACCAUAGGAACGUGCUUAUGUGGUUGGACCUAUCGCUUGAAAAUGAGGCAAAAACAUUCUCUAAAGGGCAAUCCCUUGAUGGAUUUCGUCUUUACUUUCUUCUUUACCCGUCUUUCUCUUUGUCAGCUCUACCGCCAACUUGAUCAUCUUGGAUAUAAUGUCCCCUUAGGGUGGUUUGCGAAUAAAGAUAAGCAAAACCAUGGAGGUAUGGGGAACAGGUUUCAAGUCGUGCCACCUGCUGUGGAACCAGGGAUGUUCAGAUGAUCAAGGAUUUGCUGCUAGUUUUGUACAUGUGACAAAAAUCUUGGAUGAGUUUUAGGAGCUCUUUUCAAUCCCUCUGUAUAUAAAUUUUUGAUCAAGUUUCACACUGCACUACUAUCUUUGGAUGUACAGUUAGUUUGUUCCCUAAUGAGAAGUCAUUGAAG